GGAGGAACUUGAAGGCUGAACUGAAGUCUGAAUGGGGAAGCAAGGGCAGAGCUCUCCUUGGGUAGAGGAAAGUGCAAAGUUCAUUGUAGUUUGGCGUGAGACAUCAGCCUUUAGAGUUUUGAGUAGGGAAGAAUUUUGAGAGUUGGGGCAAAGCAGUGCACGUCGCUGAGUAGGUUGGCCAGGUCGCUGCAAUGCUGCAGACUUGUAGCGAAUUGUAGUCAUUCUUCAAAAAGAAGUCAGGUCCAUGGCAGGAGGCAGCCAUCAGGGUGGUGCUAUCAAGCCGAUUGACAAGGCAGCGGUGCAUCGAAUCUGUUCGGGGCAGGUGGUGCUCGACCUAGCCACGGCCGUCAAAGAGCUUGUGGAAAACAGCCUCGACGCCGGAGCACGAAACAUCGACAUCCGAUUGAAAGAGUACGGCUCCGAGCUGAUUGAAGUCGCGGACAAUGGCUGCGGCGUGGCGCCCGAAAACCAUGCGGGCUUGGCCCUCAAGUACCACACGUCCAAGAUUUCUACAUUCUCAGACCUGACGUCGCUUGCCACAUUUGGCUUCCGUGGGGAGGCGCUGAGCUCGCUGUGUGCGCUUGCUGAUGUCACCAUCACAACGAGGACUGCUGCGGAGCCCGUUGCGACGGAGCUCGUGUUCGACCGCAACGGCCGCGUGGCGAGCUCGCGCAAGGUGGCGCGCGCUGUGGGCACGACAGUGGCGGUGGGCAAGCUCUUCUCGCCGCUGCCGGUGCGCCACCGCGAGUUCACGCGCAACGUCAAGCGCGAGUAUGGGAAACUGCUGACGCUGCUCCAGGCGUACGCUCUGAUCUCUACGGACGUCCGGCUCAUCUGCACAAACCAAGCUGGGUCCGCCGGACGCAGCACCGUCAUUCAGACGCAGGGCGGCCGCAGCGUCCGGGACAACAUUGUCACCGUGUUCGGGACCAAGUUUGCCUCCAGUUUGGAGCCGAUUGAGGUGGCGAUUGGGGACUCGCACAAAGUUACUGGGUUCGUGUCCAAGGCCGGCGCGGGCUGCGGCCGCGCGUCAGGCGACCGGCAGUUUCUGUUCGUGAACGGGCGCCCCGUGGAGAUGCCCAAAGUCGGGAAGCUGCUCAACGAGACAUACCGCGCGUUCAACAGCCUGCAGUACCCGAUGGCGGUUCUCAAUUUUGUGCUGCCCACGGACUCGUAUGACGUCAACGUGACGCCCGACAAGCGCAAGAUCUUUCUGCACACGGAGGCGGAUCUCUUAUCCGCGCUCCGGACAUCCUUGGAGCAGCUGUACGCUCCGGACAAGUACGUGUUCCGCGUGCAAGAGAGCCAGCCGGCGAAAGAAAAGGGGGGGGCAAAGGCAGGGAAAAAGCGCACUCUGAGCGUGGGGGGAGACGAGGACGAGUCGGCGGAAAGUAGCGACAGCGAAGAAGAGGGGGGGGACGAGGAGAGUGAGAACGAGAGCGAGGAGAAUAUGGGGGAGAAGGGGAGGGGGGCCCGGCGAGAAACAGGGGAUGCAAAGAAAAGGAAGCGCAGUCUGAGUGUGGGUUUAGAAGAGGAUGGGAGCGAAGAAGAUGGGGACAUUAGGGAUGCGGAGAAGCGCAGUUCUAGAGACGGGCGGGGGAGUGGAGAAAUGGAAGAGGAAGGAACCCGCGGUAAAGGGAAGAACGGAACAAAGCGCAGUCUGGAAGCGUUUUCGGCGGGAGGGGAAGCGAACGGGGGGGAACCGAGUCAGGGGGCAAGAAAGCGGCGGGCUCUGAGUCCGGGAGUUGAAGAGCAAACGGGGGACGAGACGAACGGGGGGGUAACGAGAAAGAUGCGGAGUCUUGCAGACGCGUUGGAAGAGGAAGAAGGGGAAGACGAGGAGGCGGGAUCAGAGUCCGCUGAGGAGAUCGGGGGCCGGAACGGAACGAGGAGCCGACGGAACAAGGACCGGAGAGAUGCUGAAGAUGACGAAGAGGGGAGUGGCGCUGAGGUUCCUUCAGGAGAGGAAACUCGAAAAGGGGCUCGAGCUUCUCCACAAUCAGAGCCCCCAAGAAACGAGUCAGAAGAUGAGCAAGAAGACACUCCCCAGGAGAGAACGGAACCGGAACGAGGGGCCGGAACGAGGUCCGCGCACUUCGGACGCGUCCGGAGCGCCGCUCGGACGCCGGUGCCGCUGGACGCCUUCUUAAACGUACCGGCCGCUGGCAAAGCCGCCCCAGAAAAAGCCGCGCACGCGCCCUGGGGGAUCCCUCAGUCGGGGAAUGGGGGAUCCCUCGCGGCCGAAACUGCCCCCGGAAAGAAGCCCCGGCAGGCGUCGCUGAGCGGAUUCCUUGUGCGAGGGAAGCCGAGCGCGGGCCCUCCGGACGUCCGCAGAGCGGCGGACACAUGUCCGGAUUUGAGGGACAGCGAGGAUUCAGACGGUGUGGGGUCUGCGGACGGAUCACCGGACGAAUCCGCAAAGAGCGAGCGGACUGGAACGGCGUUGGUGCGAAACAAACGAGGACGGUCGGGGGGGGCGGAGGCGGGUAGUGCGGAGCCCCCUGCGGGGGAAAGGAUUCCGACGGCAACAGCCGCACCCGAGCGAGGAGGUUUGGAGGUGCUAGAAGACGAAGUGGAACACGAUGUUGGCGCGAGCCGAAGGGAUUCGCUCGGAGAAACCGCUGCGCAAACACCAGGUUCGGACGUCCGAAAGGCCCCCCGAAAUCUUCGUCCACCUUCUGCGGACGUCCGGCCUAACCUCUCCGGCGGCCGUACAACCAUUCCGGACGUCGGUGCAUCCCUUCCGGACGCUUCGCCCCUCCCUACGGACGCCAGUACCCCUUCUCCGGACGUCCGGACCGACAGCCCUAGGGAAGCGCCGAGCGACGACAUGCGGGUGGCGUUUGACGUGGGCCGACUGCGGCAGCGGUGGGCGAACUGGAGGGCGGAGCAACUAGAAACGGGGAGAGAAAGGAAGCGGGGGCGGCAGUUUGCGGCGGCGUCGCUCGGGCGGGCCGAGGCGGGCGAUCUAGACGCGGCAACUAAUGAGCUGGAGCGGGUGUUCAACAAGAAGGACUUUGGCAAAAUGGAUGUGUGCGGCCAAUUUAACCUUGGCUUCAUCAUUGCGCGCCUCGACAACGACCUGUUUAUCGUCGAUCAGCACGCCUCCGACGAGAAGUUCAACUUUGAGCGCCUGGUGCGGACCACCGUGCUCAACAAACAACCGCUGCUUAACCCGCUCGGGUUAGACCUAACCGCCGCGGAGGAGGUUACGUGCCAGGAGCACUUGCAGGCGUUCCGGCGGAACGGGUUCGAGCUGGUCGAGGCUCGGGACGCGCCCGCCGGGCGGCGCUUCAAGCUCGCGGCAGUACCCUUCAGCAAGAACAUCACGUUCGGGCCCGACGACGUUCACGAGCUGGUGUCCCUUCUGGCGGACGCCCCGAUCGAGGCCGCGGACAGCCCUGGGGGGAGCAGCCCCGCGAACGCCGUCCGGCCGUCGCGCGUCCGCACCAUGCUGGCGUCACGCGCGUGCCGCUCGUCCAUCAUGAUCGGCGAUCCGCUCAACAAGCAGCAGAUGGUUAAGAUACUGCGCCACUUGGAAGGUUUGGACGCCCCUUGGAAUUGCCCCCACGGAAGGCCAACCAUGCGGCAUCUGGUAGAUUUGGCAACUCUCAAGCUUUGACCGAUCCGAGAAAUUUGUAAAGGGUUUGACGCUUUGAUGCUGGGAUGAGAGCAUGGCAGAAGCCCACAAUCUGUGGCUUCAUGACUGUUCAACGGGAUUUGCCCAGGCCAUCGCUAGCAAUGUGGGGUUUUGC